GUGUGUGUGUGUGGUGGUGGUGGGGGGGGGGGGGUAAAAAAAAAAAGAAGGGGGAGAAACUGGCAUCUGGAUCAGGAGAUAAGAGGAGAGAGAGCAGCGAUCAGAGCCUCUGGAAUCCGGCGAUCCUUCGACAUGUUGGAGCUGCUGUUCACUGUGCUUUGGUUUGCGGGUCUGGUGUACGGUCAGAAUGAGACGGAGCCCAUCAUCCUGGAAGGCAAGUGUCUGGUGGUUUGCGACUCCAACCCCACCUCGGAUCCUACGGGGACUGCUCUCGGGAUAUCUGUGAGAUCCGGCAGCGCCAAGGUGGCUUUCUCUGUCAUCAGAAGCACCAACCACGAGCCGUCAGAGAUGAGCAACAGGACGAUGAUCAUCUAUUUCGACAACAUACUAGUGAAUAUCGGCUCCAACUUUGACUCGGAACGAAGUACCUUUAUAGCCCCGAGAAAAGGCAUUUACAGUUUUAACUUUCACGUGGUAAAAGUAUAUAACAGGCAAACGAUCCAGGUGAGUCUGAUGUUGAAUGGCUGGCCGCUGAUCUCAGCCUUUGCGGGAGAUCAGGACGUGACGAGAGAGGCCGCCAGCAACGGAGUGUUGACUCAGAUGGAGAAGGGAGACAGAGCCUACCUGAAACUGGAACGAGGGAACCUCAUGGGAGGCUGGAAAUACUCGACUUUCUCUGGAUUCCUGGUGUUUCCACUCUAAAUGAAAACAAAUGUCUUUUUUCUCUCUCUCUCUCUCUCUCUCUCUCUCUCUCUCUCUCACCCUGAACCCUUUCCUGUAAUAAGAGGGUAGAUACACUUUUAGUUCCCCCCCACCCCACCCACCACCCCACCCCUACCCACCCACCCACCCCAACGCCUCAACUACGUCUCCCAAGUCGUACAGAAAAAAAAAGUACACGAAAAGGGACAGUAUCUCGUUUGACUGGCUGCCUAGCUUGCAAUUUAUAAUGAUUCAUUCAUUCAUUCAUUCUUUCCACACAAAAAAAAGAAAUCUCGCCACUGCUCUCCAUGUAACCGGAAUCUUCUUUUUCAAAAGAUAAGAAAUUCUUUGCAAAAUUAUACUUAUUCAAGUCCGAGAAUAUAUAUAAAGCAAUGCCCCCCCCCCCCCCC